AUGGCGGAACCCCCAGUCGACCCCGAAGAUGGCAGCGGAGAAGAUGAGUUCUAUGUCGAACCCCUCGCGACUGGUCGAGCGCGACGAUCAACGGCCGGUCGUCUUAUGAGCACGCUUCUCGACGCGGAGGCUGAUGACGAACUCGCUCGUAUAUUCGCAGAGGAGGAAGAUGACGAGGAGUUUGAGUCUGGAGACGAUGAGGAGGAAGGCGGAGGUGCAGCGGCCGCGGAUGAUAUGGAACUCGACUCGUCGUCCUCUGAUGAAGGAGACCAAGGCCCUGCUGCUACUGGUAACGACGAACUGGAAGGAGAAAAAGAGCUAGAACGGCAGGAGAAAGCUGAACGCGCGAAGAAACGAACGGCACAGCAGGAAGGAUUCCGAAUGCCAGCCCUACGCAAGAAAAAGGUCAAGAUAGAUCCGACCUUGCCUACACGAACAUCAACACUACCGGCUCCAAGACACAGGAAGAAAUCCGAGCGUAUCUCCUGGCUCCCUGCGGCAGAUGAUGGACCUACACGGGCUUCGUCUCGUCGUCAGACGAUGCAGAACAGAGUACAGACCCACGCUCGGCUCAAACGCAGCGAACAGAAACGAGUCCAACUCAUUGCCACGAUGGAAGAGACGGCCAAACGCAAGGAAAAAGUGAAGCCGAAGCAAAUGACGCAGGCUGACCGUCUUGCUGAAGCCGAGAAGACCGAAAGGUUGAAUUUCGGCAGUCUAAGUCGGUGGGAGGAGAUGGAGGAGAAGAGGGGUGAAGAACGAAGGCUGAAGAUGGAGGCGCUUCACAAUCGACGGCUGGAGGGCCCCGUGAUCACAUUCUGGAGUGGGAUUGCGAAAUGGAUCAAUGAGAAGUUGGCGAUGGUGGGGGUUAAAACGUUUCGACAGGCCGCCGAUGCUGACAACGGUCGUAAGAAGAAAGGACGCGAUGCGAACCGUGAAGGGGCAUCAGCUGUACCAGACGUCAACAAGGCAGCUGAGGAGUCGAGGAAAACUACGGAUCUAGCGACAGUUCAGCCAAACCCUCCUCCAAACGAUGGCCAGCAAGCUCCAGAGGAACCUGGUUCAUUCCUGAAUGGAAUCCAUCUAUACGCAUCCAUGCAAGAAACCACAGCUCCAGCAUGUCCUGACACCGAGAUGACCGACGCUGCCACAUCGAGACCUACUCUACCUGCGCCAGAAACGCCUGUCCAACUAAACGAGAAUACGCCUCCCGCUCCAGCCCUGGAAAAAGAGCCAGCUACCGAUACAGCUGCAGAACAAGCUGUGUCUCUGGAACAAGCUGCACCCUCAGAACAAGGGCCCGUCAUGCAACAAGGGACGACCCCGGAAGAGAAGCCAGGCCAGUCUAAACCAGGUCUUGAACGGUCUUCCCGCACUUGCAUCGUUCUAGACAACUUUGACGCCUCUACCGCCCCCGAACGAAGUGACGUCGGUGUCCUAUACAACCCAAAGAAGCCUGUAAAGCUUCCAAGAUCCCAAGUUGAAUUCUGUCCCAUUACCUCUCGCCCAGCCCGCUAUCGUGACCCGACGACCGGCAUCCCCUACUCAAAUUCCCUUGCGUACCGUGAAAUCCGCCAAGUGCUGGCAUAUCGAUAUGCAUGGAGCGGGACGUUUGGAUGCUUCGUGGGGCCCAUCGGGGUAGGAGCCAGAGGAGUACCGGAGAGGUUCCUUGCGCCUAAUGCCGCUCCACCACAACAGCUGUUUGGGCCUGGAGAGGGCGAUGGUAAACAGACUGCGACUCCCGAGAACACGACUGCUGCUGCCGGCAAAUGA